CGUAAUAUGAUACCAUCAAACUAAAGGAAGAGACCUGUUAUAUGAGAUCAGCAAUUAUCAUCUAAUGAGUUCUUUCCUACCAUAGCUACUCAAAUGCUUCUGAGAUGUCCACAAGCAAGACCUUCAUGAGUACCAAGCCAGGAAUUGAGAGAAACGAGAAGAAGGCACGGCCCUGAGCAGGACCUGUCCCUAAACAACAAGGAGACGUGAGAGGAUUAUCUUCCAAUGGAGCAAAAAUGACCAAGACUUGAUGUAUCCUCAGCACCAUCUUCCAGAAGCAAUGCUGUAGGAAACCAUAGCGCUAUGAAAGGCUUAGGUGAUAACAGAAGCCGCCAUCUUUCUGAUAACCUGGACUCACCUCAAGACUCUCUUUAUGCUACCCAAGACAGGAACCCUUAUCUCCUCAGUCCCACAGACUCAUACACAAUGGACCCUCGGUUCCCUACACCAAAUUCUCUCCACAGUGACUGCCUCCUUCCACUCAACAACCAAAUUUCCAACAGCAGCACAUUUCCACGGAUCCACUACAACUCUCACUUUGAGGUACCUGAUGAGAAUCCUUUCCCAAGCCAUGCCCAAGCCACCAAGAUCAACAGACUUCCUGCCAACUUGCUAGACCAGUUUGAGAAACAGUUGCCCAUCCACAGAGAUGGUUUUAGCACCCUCCAGUUCCAGAGGAGCUCUGAUGCCAAACAGCGGAGUGAGAGCCCCGGAAGAAUCCGGCACCUGGUUCACUCAGUCCAAAAACUUUUUGCUAAGUCACAGUCCCUGGAGGGAGCCUCCAAGGGCAGUGUGAAUGGCAAGAAAGGCAUUGAGGACUCUAAGCAGAACCGCAGGAGCAAGAGCAAAGACCGGGCCAAAACUACUGAAACAAAGCGCAGGACCAGAUCCAACAUAUCGGGCUGGUGGAGCUCAGAUGACAAUCUGGACAAUGACACCUGCAGUUAUCGUAAUCCUAUGGGCCUCAUGACCCUUGGCAGGCAGCCUGAUCAUAGCCAGCCCAGGUACUUCAUGCAUGCUUACAACACAAUCAGUGAACACAUGCUGAAAUCCUCCAAGAGCAAUAAUGACCUCAAGGUCGCCCCUUGCACCAACAUCCCCAUCAGCGGUGAGUCCAACUACAUAAAGAGAGGCUCCUGGUCCACGCUCACGCUCAGCCAUGCCCGGGAGAUGUGCCAAAAAGCUUCUGCUACCAUUGACAGAGCACUGCUGAAAUCCAAGUCCUGCCAUCAAGACUUAGCCUAUCAGUACUUGCAGGUGCCUCAGGGAGACUGGAAUAACACAUUGACUAGGGACAAAGACAAUGAAAUCCCAUGCCGGCGCAUGCGGAGUGGGAGUUAUAUUAAAGCCAUGGGAGAUGAUGAUAGUGAAGACUCUGAAACCAGCCCGAAGCCAUCUCCAAAAACUGCAGCACGGAGGCAGAGUUACCUCAAGGCCACUCAACAGUCACUGAGUGAGCAGAGCACCACUCACAGAAGCCUGGACCGCCUUGAUUCUGUUGAGAUGGUUUUGCCUCCUAAGUUCCCAAGCUGGGAAGAAGAAUACAGCCCGAUCCCAGACAACCUUGAUGAGUCCAGUAGCGUCAAUCAGAUAUUUGGACAACCCUCAUUUAUUCCACAGAUAUUUUCACAAGAAGAGCAGGCAGGAGAAGUGGAGCUAAAUGACCAAUACGAGGGACUGUGUGAAUCAACCUACAGUGAAGCAGAAUCAACUACUGUGGAAGUACUGGACCUGCCCCUUCCUAGUUACUUUCGCUCCCGGAGCCACAGCUACCUCCGAGCCAUUCAAGCAGGCUGCUCCCAAGAAGAGGACACUGUCUCUGUCCGGUCCCUCUCUCCACCUCCAGCUAACAGCAUCAGUGGCAGCCGAACACUUCCCAGCAACAGUUCGGCAUGCCUAGUGGGCUAUAAAAAGACACCACCACCAGUCCCACCUCGGACCACCUCAAAGCCGUUCAUCUCUGUCACAGUGCAGAGCAGCACCGAAUCGGCACAGGACAACUACCUGGACAACCAAGACCAUAAGAGUGAGGUCAACAGCCAGUCAGGUCUGAGCAAUUCUUCAGAUAGCUUAGACAGUACAAGACCUCCAAGUGUGACAAGGGGAAGCGUGUUGACUCCAGCCAGAGAGCCUCCUGAAUUACCCGUGAAAAAUGCAACGCUGAAGAGUGACAAAGGGACAUUGACUAACGAAGAGCCAAAGGAGGAGAAUAUCCCUAAACGGAAGCUGUCAUCUAUAGGAAUACAAGUUGACUGCCUUCAGCCAGUGGCAAAAGAGGAGCCCCCUCCAUCAGCCACCAAAUUCCAGUCCAUCGGGGUACAGGUAGAGGACGAGUGGCGCAACAGCCACUCUCGCAGCAUGUCCACCAAGCAGGAUACAGAUUCUGAUUCUCAAGAACCGAAUAACUCUACCUGUAAAUCAUCUGAGAGAAGCCUUGCUGACUGUCCCCCAUGCAACAACUCCAACAGCCUUGAUGCCAGUACAAGGCAAACAGCCAUGCCCUCCCAGAUCAACAGAAACCUCUCCUAUGGAGAUAGCAAUGACCCAGCUCUAGAGCCUUCCUCUCUUCCUCCUCCGGACCCUUGGCUUGAAACUUCCACUAACACUCCGUCAGAACCAACACAACCCGGAGCAUGCCGAAGGGAUGGGUACUGGUUUCAAAAGCUGCUACAGGCAGAGACAGAAAGGUUAGAAGGGUGGUGUCGUCAGAUGGACCAAGAGACCAAAGAGAAUAAUCUCUCUGAAGAAGUCUUAGGCAAAGUCCUUAGUGCAGUGGGCAGUGCACAACUAUUAAUGUCACAGAAGUUCCAGCAGUUCCGUGGCCUCUGUGACCAAAAUUUGAACCCUAAUUCCAAUCCCAGGCCCACAGCACAGGACCUUGCUGGUUUUUGGGAUCUCUUACAAUUGUCCAUUGAAGACAUCAGCAUGAAAUUUGAUGAAUUGUAUCACUUGAAAGCAAAUGGCUGGCAGUUGACAGAGCCACCAGAAAAGAAGGAAGAAAAGAAGCCACCCCCUCCUGUGCCAAAGAAGCCAGCCAAACCUAAAUCCCAGCUAAACCGGGACAAGGCCUCUGACUCGGUGGAUAAACAGCGCCAGGAAGCACGCAAGCGCCUUAUGGCAGCCAAGCGCGCAGCCUCUGUCCGGCAGAACUCUGCCACGGAGAGUGCGGACAGCAUUGAAAUCUACGUCCCUGAGGCACAGACCCGUCUUUGAGCAAGGGGAAGAGGAAGAAAACUCUUUUUCACGUCAUUAAAAGGAAGAGGAAAAAAAGGUUCACUAAAUUUAGUGUGAUUUAUUUGGUCUAGAGACAAGGCAGAGCCAACCUUACAAAGGGCUCCGAAUUUGGCUUUCUCUCCGUCUCUCCCCCUCUCUCUUUCCCCCUCUCUCUCCAGCUUUAAAUAAUGAAGAUUUUGAAAGAAAAUUCCCUUCCUGGUCCUGUGGUUUGGUUUUAAUCCCCUCAGCACCCUUCACACUGGCUGUGGUGUGGCAGAACAGACUAUUGGAAACACAGUCCUUUAGACUUGGAACUGCAACCUUUUUACUUGUUCUAUCUAAGAAGAAUUAUUAGCUUGUUUACAUGAAAAAGGACAACUAUUUUGGGGGGGAAAGCCUUGGGCACUUGCCAUGCUGCGCUUUUUUCGCCUCACUGUAUUCUUUCUCUCCUCCUCUCCACACUGUCUUCUUCUCUCUGUCUCUCUUCUUAUCCCCUGACCUGUUGUAUCCCUAAUCCUUGUUUUUUCUUCUGUCCUGUAGUUCCUAGCCUCUUUUCUUUUAUCAUCUUCCUCUGCAUGGCGUUGUUUACUGUGUUAGAAGUAAACUCUUCCACAGAGCUCCAGAAGAAAACACCUGUUCAGCGUGUACUGUUGUUGCACUCUGCUAGUGAGCAGCCUUUUGUUCAAUUAUGUAUUAUUUUUCCCCCUAAAGGUGGGUUGGGAAUGGGGAGCCUGGGGUGGGUUGGGGGAGGCAGCAGGGCAUUGGGGUUUAUAUAGCUUGUAGUUUAAUUAUGUAAAAGGAGGGCAAGAUCUGUGGGAUGUAAACAGAGUGGUAUGUUAACAGAGCCUUGGAAGCAAACAUGUGCAAUAAGGUAGUGUCGUGGCCUGCACACACCCAUGAAUGGUGCUGCAAAAGAAGGAUUUCCCAUACCAGAUUUCCAGUUAGAAGUACUACAGGAUAGAUUCCUAUGUUGCCUCAUGCAACCUUCCCCCCCCCCCCUCCUCUCCACCACUACCACUCCUUGGCAGCAAUUUUGUGUGUGUGGUUCUUGUGUACAAGUUUCUGUGUUAGAAGUAUCUACUACACAGGAGGGACAAGACAACUGUAUCAAACUGUUUUGAAAUAAUAGUCCAUUUUAUAGUGGAGGACAAUGGCAUUUCUUCUGCUAAAAGAGGGGGUUAUCUGGAUGAAGGGCUGGCAGUUUGCCUGAUUGCCUGUAUGUAUGUGUACAUAUGCACAUAUACACUUAGUAGGAUCUGUAUAUUUAACACGUACACAUACAUGCCCAUUCGCUCAUGCACGCAUUCAGGUGGUGUUUUUCAAAAGCACCUCAGUGAGAGUGGGUGUAUGUAUAGCAUAUAUUUUUACAUGUACUAUAGCUAGAUGUGUGUAAAAGUGUGUGCAAGAAUAUAUACCCUGCAUAUUCCUCUCUCCUUCCGGUGCUCCCUUGUGUCUCAAGGGAGGAGCAGUCAUCCAAGUUCACUUUGCCCCCUCCCUCCACUCCCUAUUUUGAUUAAAUUCUCUGGAGAGACAGGAGUCAGGUAACUUCUUUUAAACUUCUCCUCUGCCCACUAAACUCUACCACCCAGUGUGCAUUUUUCUCAGAGCAGUGUACUCCCAUUGUGGAGGAUGACAGAAGCUCUUCUGUGGAUGGCUUCUGGCGGACAAAAUCCCAAAUGAAUGUUAUACGUACCUGGCAUGUUAGAAGUUUACAGAGAGGAUAAGAAUGGCUACAACCUAAAUCAUGUCAGUGAACCUGUGUCUGGUGUCUAUGCAUAGAGAGCAUUAGAUUCUCCACCUCUCAAGUUAAUGUGCAGCUUUGUGACCUGUGAAAGCUUGGCCAUACAUAACAUGGCUUCAAAUCAAAAAGCGAUUUAUUCCCAUAAUUUCGCCAUUUUCCCUUCCCAAAUACCUUUACAGGUAGAAGGUGCCUGAUCUGACUUUUGAGCAAAUGGCUAUGUCCCACAGUUCUUUGCAUUAUAAAAUGGAAACACUUGGAAUGUGACUUAGUUUUACUCACAUUUCCAAAAGGACAGCAAUGCUAUUAAGACUAGUACUUGCUUGAUGGGUCCCAUUGCUGCUCGGCAUCUUUUAGCCAACUUUGUCAAUGGAAUUAAUCUUAAAAUCCAAGUCAGUCCAAAUACAUUAGUUUACAGAUUGCACCUUAGAUCAGCUUUCACUGCACCUGCUUCAGAACUGCUUCUCACAUUACAUGGUGUCAAAGGAGUGUUAGCAUCAGUCCAUACACACACACACACACACACAAGAGCAGCUCUCUUGGAAUGUGUACCUACGAGAUACAUGUAUUUAGCACAUUCAUCUUUUACACUUGAGGUGUGUUCACAAUGUUUUUUAUUCGUACAUGGAAAAAGUUAGUGAAGUAGGGGGGAAUGUGUCUUCAGUCUGUCACAAUAAGUAAUAAAGAUAUCAAGUUCUACAAGAGCAUUGUGAAGGAGGUUGGACUAUGAGCAGAACAUUUCUGAGUCUCAGCCACUCUCACUCUGGCAGGUAAACUAGCAUGAGUUUUCAUGCAGGGGGAAUGGAGUACUGAAAUCAAUGCAAAAGCAGUUGGCUGUUUUUUAAAGCAACUGAGUGUCAAUAAAACUUCACCACUAUUUAAAAUUC